AUGUCAGAUUAUUCACCAUACUAUAACAAUCAAGUAUUUCAUAAGCCUUGGGAAAAUCAAAAUAUGCCACCAGCUCAAGAUUUAGGAAGUUACGAUUCCGCUGCUUCAACCUCAGUAACAAAUCCUCGUGUAAAUAAUUGGGUGAACGUGAAUGGUAGCGGUAAUUAUCCUCAAGGGUACUUAAAUGGAGGUUCGACGGGUUACGGUGGCUCUCUAUCAGAACAACCAUCAACAAACCACGUUAGUGCACAACGGGGUGCACCAAAUGGAAUAUCUGUGAAUACAUCCAAUCUUAUGCUACGAAGUAAUUCAUCUAUAAUUGAGACCGACGCGGGAAAUAUUUCUCAAUUGAAUAAACUUGCUGAAGAGACUGGGGCUAUGGCUAUUAUUCAUUCCGAAAACAGUAGUCUAGAGAGGAUAAGCGAUAGGACAUUACGUCAUCUAGUGCAAUAUAGCACAAUUAUACCACAAGACUUGCGAAGCAAGCUUCUCCAUCCAUCCACAUCUCUCCAAGAAUUACGUAAUACUAUACAGCACUCUGAACACCCUCUUUUAUCCGAAUUUCCUCUCUUUAGAGAAGGAGUAAAUCGCCUUAGCGUUCCUGUAUAUACUGUAUGGGGCGCUUGCGAGGAUGUCGCCGUACUAGAAAAGUUUAGAGAGAAAAUAUACAAGGUGCAUAAUCUGCAUAUUUUAGACGAAGCUAAUUCCCAUCUCAUUGAAGUUGGUGGCGUUAGUUUACGGUUAUUUGGCUUAGGUGGUGCUGUAGUUCAACAUAAAUUAUUUGACAACGGACAAGGUUCAGCUACUAUUGCCGGUGGUCAUGGCACUAUGUGGACAACAAUUCUGCAAAUUGGCGAAUUAGUUGAAACUGCACAAAAAGUAUUUGACCAAUCUGAAACUAGGGUUCUCGUAACCCACGCUAGCCCUGGUCGUGAAGGUCUUUUAACACAAUUAUCGGUCGUAUUGCGCGCCGAUUUUACGAUCUCAGCAGGACUUCAUUUUCGUUAUGGUAUUUCAUAUAAUGAGUUUUCAGUACAAAGAGAUGCAGAGGCUUUCCGUAUUAAGUUAGAAACCUCACGCAGAAGUUUUUAUGAGAUGUGGGAAUCAGUUAAAAAUCAAGUUGAAAGUUAUAUUGACGAUCAGCAGAAAGUAUUAUUACAAAAUGCAUUCUCUGUUGUUGAUCGAGUCCCAGCUCAAGGAAAGGAAGAACCAGUUUUUAGAAAUAUGUGGAAUUUCAAUUUACCCGAUGCUGCCUAUGGUUGGGUACUAUUGGAUAUUAAAGAUGGAAGAAUAUCCGCUGAAACUAAAGCACAAGCCCUUGGUGGAUCACAAACAUCCGAAAUUGGGGCACCUACGAGUCCAUGCAGUAUGGAUAGAAAUAGACGUCAACAGUCUAAUUGGCAGCCUUCACCUGCUCUUCCACCUCAACCAUCAAAUGGUGGUGGUUCGAUGCCGUCCCCAAUUUUAACACCACAAAGAUCUACAUCACCUGAAACAACACCCAAUCUUUCUAGCGAUUGGAAAAAACCAUUACCUGAUUCAGCAACAGCGAAUGAAUGGUCGUCAUCAUCAAAGGGUGCCGUUUCUUUAAGUCAAGAUCAUAUGGAACGCCCAUCAAAUAUUCUUGGUAGUGAUACUAGUAGCAACGACGAUAAUGAUAUAAUCAACUCCACCAAUUCAGGACAUAUUAAUGGUAAUUCUUGGGCUGAUCGAGCACAAAAUGAAACACCUAAUUGGGAAAAUAAACCAGAAUUCUAUACUAAUUUGGCUGUUUUUAAUCGAUCGCAGAAAAAUCCAUUCAAAAUUUAUGUCGGUAAUUUGAACCCACCUGUAUCUGAUGAAGACUUACAGAAUUAUUUUGAGUCGUUUGAGUGUCAGGUUGAGAGGGUUCAGUUGAACUUUGAUAAUAAUAAAAAUCAACUUAAUCACGCAUAUGUGGUCUUCCAGGACGAAUCAUCAAUGGAAAAAGCAGUUGCAUUAAAUGGCAAGCCAUUUGGAGGAGAAAAUGGAGGAUAUCGUGGUGGCCAUGGAAAUAAUUCACAAAAUAAUACUCAGAACGGAAACGGAAAUCAAUGA